AUGUUUGAUGUCACCCGUGUUGUUCUCAAGGGAAUAAUUGAAGACACGUCUCAUGCUACUGGUUUUCAACGUGGAGAUGCUAAUAUAGCUUACAGUUACUUGCAAUCAUUUGAGUUUGUGCUUGCUCUUCGCUUGAUGAAAGGAGUAAUAGGAAGAACUGAUACACUUUGUCAAGCAUUACAAAAGAAAUCCCAAGACAUCCUUAAUGCAAUGGAGCAUGACAUAGACAUGCCCGAUUUUAGUGUGACAUAUACUUCUACUCGGUAUCGGCCUCGUAAAAAAGAUCUUCAAAUUACAUUUGAACAUUAUUACCGAGUAGAUUUGCUUACAAAGACAUUAGACAGACAACUAUAUGAGCUGGAUAGUAGAUUCAAUGAGCAAGUGAUAGAGUUGUUAUUUCUUAGUGCGACUUUAUGUUCAAAAGAGAUUAAUGUUGAUCAGAUUGUUCUUCUUGGUGAGAAAAAUUAUCUUAAAGAUUUUACAGACAUGAGAGGAAUCAAUUACAUUAUCAAUUGGAGACUUUUCAAGUUGAAAGGACAAAUAAUGCCAAGCUGA